GGUCUCAUCUCAUAGAGAUCGCAUCCACGGUCGGUAGCGCGCGUUCCCGCCGCACCGGCACCAACUAACAACUUCAAAUACAUCGUAAAUGUCACAUAAAAGAAAUAGUUUACAUACCCCCAGUGAAUGAAAUUUUUUAAUCAAAAACUUUACAAGAAAUGUUUCUUACGAAGUUUUGUUGUAAAGUAUAAUAGUGUUGUGUGAACUUGCAAUUAAGUUUUUGUUCAUCCACGUAGAAAACUCGUAGUGUUUUACAGUGUUUUAAGUGAAAAGUUGCACACGAUAUACGUUUUUAAGACUCUUUGGAUGUGUUUAAAGCAGUGUUUUGAUAAUCAUGAAGCCACUCUAAUGAGCAUGUGAACGGCAGACAAUGAUCCACGACAGUGAAAAUGGAUUGGGACACAACUAUUCGUGCAUUAAUUGCCACAAUGACUCGUACUACACUUACAAUUUUACCGAGGUGGACGAUUUUAUAUGUGUCUACCAUAAUGACGAGGACCUUACGACCAGUAUAUUUAAAGUAUUUGUGUAUGUGAUGUACAUUGCCGUGUUUGUUACUGCACUUGUGGGCAAUGGCUUAGUGUGUACGGUAGUGCAAACCACAGCGCGCAUGAAGACUGUGACGAACUACUUUAUAGUGAAUUUAGCUGUGGGUGAUAUUCUAAUGACACUGUUCUGUGUGCCAUUUUCUUUUGUACCGACUUUGUUGCUUCGAUACUGGCCUUUCGGAGCGUUUAUGUGUAAAGCGGUGAACUUUUCGCAAGCAGUGUCCGUGCUUGUUAGUGCUUACACAAUGCUGGCGAUCUCAAUCGAUCGGUACAUCAUUAUCAUGCAUCCGUUGAAGCCACGGCUUAGCAAGACGGCCGCUAAGCUGGUGGUGUUUGCUGUGUGGAGUGGGGCGAUGGUCACGGCGGCUCCAAUUCCGAUAGUGUCCAGGCUUCAGAGGCCAUCGCUUUGGCAUCAGACAUGUGAAGUUGACAUUUGUGGAGAGGUAUGGCAGAGCGCUGAGCAGAGUCGUCAGUACACGAACGCACUGUUGGUGCUGCAGUUCGUGCUGCCGCUGAGUGCACUGGUGUGCACGUAUGCACGGAUUGCGCACACCGUGUGGGGCGGCCGACCACCUGGGGAAGCGCAAGACGCCAGAGAUUCACGAAUACAACAUUCCAAACGAAAGAUGGUGAAAAUGAUGUUGACUGUCGUCACAGUAUUCAUAAUGAGCUGGUUGCCGCUCAACAUUUUCAUAGUAUUGUGGACGGUACAUGAGAAUGACGACGAGUGGGCUUCGUGGCCGGGGAUGCCAUACGUGUGGUUCGCAUGCCAUUGGCUGGCGAUGUCACACUCCUGCUACAACCCCAUGAUCUACUGCUACAUGAACAUUCGGUACCGGCAAGGAUUCCAAGAGAUACUCGGUGCGUUACUAUGUUUGAAGAAGAAGGACUCAGCCAGGCCGUGCCAAAGGUCAAGUGUUUGUGAGGGCAUACCUAUGUCAGAACUGAUGGGUGCAAAUGGAACAGGGACAUCGAAUCGACGUGGAAUAUUUGUGUGCAGAUGUCAGACGUCUAAAAGUACAGCAGUCUCGAAUGGCAGUAAGAGUAUAACUUGUAACUAUUGUACUCAAAAACCUGCGUCUCGAUCAUCGGCAGCUUCCUUGACUCCCCCGGUUAGGGCUGCCUCUGUGCGCUCACAAUUUUUCUAAGACGAUCACAAUUUAUUAAAACCCUAUCUAUUAUUUUUGGUGGAACUUUCGAGUUGAAGUUUUCUUCCAGCAUUCUAUAAAUAUACGGAGAUUGAAGUUUUAUCAGACUCACGCCCAAAUACUGAAACGCUACUCAAAUUUAAGUUGUACUUAAAUCUCGUGCUAUCUCUAUCAUUUACAAAGAAUUUGUAGGGACAGAACUAUAUUUGAGAGUGUCUUAAAAUUGAGUGACGUUUGAGUAUUUGACCAUCAGUUCUGUUUGUGACGUCAUGAUUAACACAAAACAUUAAACACUGCCAAGUUAUAAAGAUGGUUUUAAUCCCCGUCUAUCUAUAAAGUGUUGGAAGUUUAAUAAAAUCCGUUCCGAUCUAUAAGGAGCUUUAAAAGUAUCUGCUACGGCUUUAAUGGGAGGUGGUGUUGUGUUUGAAGAUUACAAUAGUAAAUAUAAAUUAUUGUUUUCGAGUAAAUUUUAUUUUUCGUACAAAAUAAUCUGUGUGUGUGUUUGUUAUGAAAGAGUUAUCUCUCUCACUGUCUCUGUUGCUUACUUCGUCGACACAUAGUGCGUAUGUUUGAGGAGAGUCAAUAAAUAUUUAACUUCUUUAUAUUCUCAAAUGAAAUUAACUGGUCCGGUCUACCAAAUAUCUUUACUACAAGUAUUGUAAUCUUCAAACACAACACUACCUCCCAUUAAAGCCGUGGCAGAUAAUUUUAGAACGCCUUAUAUAAAUUAUGUAUCAAGAUUAGCUUUUAUAUUAUGGAUGUAAUCCUGUUUUGUUAACUGAAAUUGUAUUCUUGUGGUGCUAUAAAUUUUAGUGGAUUAUGAAUUUUAAACUUGAUUAGCAUCAUAAUAUUUUAUCGCCAUGUUUAACAUGAGACGGAAUACUAUUAACUAAGUUUCUGUUAGUCUAAUUGACGAAUAAUUUAUUGUAUUUUUGAAAUAGGUAUUAGUUUGAAUACAAAAAACUUAAUAGGCAAUUGUGAAUCUUGUACUUAAGGUAAGCGUCCAACGCACGCAACGGAUUUUAGUUUGUCUUGUAUAGAAACUCAUACAACUGCGUCCACUGAUCCGCAUCGUUCGGACCGCUCAUCGGCAAAGCCUACAUGCGAUGCGUACGGAUGACGUCAUAUGGAAUGCGGUUGCCAAAAAUCCAAGUGAAAGUGACAUCGGCAAUCCGAUUGUUAAUACGUUUGAUUUGACGCAGUCAAUCCGUUUGAUGCGAUCCGUCCGAUGCGUACGAUGCGGACCUGUGGACGCUUACCAUUAUCGUAUAUUUUGUUAUAUUAAAAUUAUUGGUUUCUCUUAAAUCGGAUCGGAUUUUAUAACACACUGUAUAUAAACGAUGACAACAAUUACACAAAGGUUUUCUAAUUUCCAGUUUUUAUAUGUGAAAAAAAAAAUCAUUGAAAUGGACUGAUAAAUUAAUUAUGUUGAUUUUCAUGUUAAGCUAAUUCGAAAUGUCAACGAUUUGUACCUAUAAUGAUAGAAAUAAUUAAUAAUAGUACCUAUUGCUGUUGAUAAUAAAGUUUUAAAUACUUAAUGUA